UUCCUGGCCACCCCCGUGGGACCCGAGCACAGCGUCGCGACCACAGCCCCUGGGCGCCCCCGUCUGCCUCCUAGCUGGCUGUGCGCUGGGGAAUUGUUGGUGCAGUGCCCAGGCAGAGGAGUGCAAGAGGUGGCAACCAGGGAAGGGGAGGAGGAGGAGGAGACGGAGGAGGGGGAACAGGGGGAGGGAGGGCAGGUCGGGAGUCAGGAAACGGCAACUCCCCCCCUGACGCUUCCCCUGACAUGUGCCCCAGCGGCCGCCGUGCCGGCGCCAAGCGCUCCGGGCACGCCGGGCGCGCCGGCGAGAGCCGGGCCGCGAAUUAGCGUGCAGAGCACGGCAGCCCUCCGUGGCGGCGCGUCUCUCGGCGCAGGGACCCCCUGCGAGAGUCGCCAGAGCGGCGGCGCGACGCGGACACAGCUCCGGCCCUGGUUCUCCGCGCCCUGCCAGCGGGGGGCAGCAGCAGGGGCAGGGAUCGCACGUCGGUCGCCGAGGCCGAGGGCGGCGCGCGGCGGGGGCUCGAGAACGGCGGGUUCCCGCCAGACUUCUCGCACCGCCCCAGGGGCGCGGGUCCAGCGCGCCUCCUCUGAUCCUCGUGGCACUACCCAGCCAGCGCGCGCACUACAUAAUGCACGCGACGCGGACGAAAUGGUAAUGGCGGAGUGAAUCCCUCAAGCGCGCCAUGCGUAGUGCAACCGCCUCUGUACGGAGCCCCGCGGCAACUCUCGCGGCUCGACCAGGCGAGGCGGAUGCCCAGAGCCCGUCGGCUCGAAGUCGUGCAUGCGCUCCAUCUGGGCCGACACGAGCAGCCCGCGGCCCUGGGGACUCCUCCUGGCUCGGGAAGUGUUGGGCCGACCACCCUGCUGCCACGAGAGCCCUGGGCCGAGGCCCAAUUCCUGAGGAUCCAGGCUCCUUCGAGCGAGGCCCCCUCUGGUCAGGGAUGUGGUCCUGAGGGCCGCCGGUCCCGCAGCCCCGCAGCUGGUCCAGGCUCAGCCAUGGCCGAGCGCGCCAGUAGUGAGGUGCAUGGCGCGGGGAGGCGAAUGAGGAAGGGGUCAAGGGGACAGACGCGGGAGAAAGAGGGAAGGCAGCACCCGAGCUCCGUGCACGGGCACGCCUUUCCGGCCCCGCGCGGGCAGUCGCGCGG